AUGCGCCAAAUCCCUAGCUCAUCAUUUCAACAUGCGAGUGAGGCAUGCUCAUUUCUGAAGGAACGCCUACCGGAUUCAUUGAAAGCACCUCGAGUUGCAAUAAUCUGUGGCUCUGGUUUGGGAGGGCUCGCAAGUACCAUUGAUCGCUUGCCUCAAGUCGAUUUCGAUUAUGCUUCCAUACCCCACUUUCCCCGUUCAACAGUUGCUGGCCAUGCAGGAAAACUAGUCUUUGGACUACUCAGUGAAAAUAUACCUACAGUGUUGAUGGUUGGCCGUGCUCAUUAUUACGAAGGGCAUUCCAUUGACCAAGUGACAUUUCCUAUACGUGUCUUCAAACUCUUGGGGGUUGACACAAUUAUCUUAACCAACGCCGCCGGUGGACUGAAUCCUGAAUAUAUGGUAGGAGAUAUUGUUCUGCUGAAUGAUCACAUAUUCUUGGCUGGCCUGGCGGGGGUUCAUCCACUACGCGGUCCGAACUCGGAGGAGUUUGGCCCCCGGUUCCCACCUCUAUCAGAUGCGUACGACCUUCAAUUGCGUUGUAACGUCCACAAAGCAUGGGCCAAGAUUGUAAAUGUAGAAAGCAAAAGAAGACUGCAUGAGGGAGUGUAUGCCUUCGUCGGGGGUCCUAGUUAUGAGACCCGGGCAGAAUGUCGUAUGCUUCGCCAGCUAGGCGCCGAUCUUGUCGGGAUGUCGACCGUACCGGAGAUUGUUGUUGCCAGGCAUUGCGGGAUUAGAGUCCUAGCUUUGAGCCUGGUAACGAACAACGCGGUUCUCUCACCAGUGCCUCGCGGAGAUGACCACCGUCUUGAUGGGAAAGAUGUAGCAGAGCUCGGUGAGAUUUUGCAAGUAGGAAAAGCGGACCAUCAGGAAGUCCUUGAGGCAGGCCGCUCCGCCGCCACGGACAUGCAGGUAUGCACCGCAUGACCCCCUCCAGUUUUCGCGCACUGAUAGUAACUAUCAAUUCAAGAAGCUUGUUAUACAGACCAUCGCGGAUGUCUUUCAGUCAGGCUCGUAUGGAGAUACGAUCGGCGGUCGGUGAGUCAGCGCGGAUGGGGAGGACUAUUUGAGCACUGGGGCACAACUAGACGCUCCGGCAAUGUCAGAGACUUCAAA